UUCGUACUCAAUUAAUUUAUUCUUAAAAUGAAGAAUACAAUUUUAAUAUUAAUUUUUGUUUCUAUAUUUUGUCUUCAUGGCAAUUGUUCAAGAAUAUUUGCAGUAUUUAUGUUUCCCUCUGUGUCUCACCAGGUAAUUUUCCAACCAAUCUGGAAAGAAUUAUCCCUAAGAGGCCAUCAAGUCACAGUAGUUACUCCAAAUCCACUGAAAGAUCAAUCUUUAACAAAUCUCACCGAAAUCGAUAUAUCUUUUACUUACAAACUCCCAGAGAUCGUAGGCGUUUUGAACAGCGUUGGACAGAAACCGACCCUUGUUCAAAAAAUGCUCUCCAUAUUUGAAUUGAAUAUGCUAGUGUUCGAAUCCGAAAUGAAGUCCCAAGCCAUACAAGAAAUAAUUCAGCGGCAAAACGACAAAUACGAUCUGGUGUUACUUCAGUACUCGCACUUUGCAAACGUUAUGUUACCAUUUGCAUAUAAAUUUAAUGCACCAGCAGUAGGUAUAUCUUCAUUGGGAGUAUUUUUACACGCUCGUGAUGAUAUAGGUAAUCCUACUCACCCAGUUAUCUCUCCAGAUUAUAUAUUGGGAAUCUCGGGAAAUAUGUCUUUUGUUGAAAGGCUUAAGUGCUUCCUUUACAACUUGUGGUACAGAGCUCUGUAUUAUUUUUAUUUUUUACCCAGAGGAGAUGCAAUUGCCAGGACUUAUUUUGGAGACGAUAUGCCCUAUUUAGGAAAAUUGGCGAAAAAUUUAAGUCUCCUAUUAGUCAGUGCAAAUCCUAUUAUUCAUACGCCCACACCAAACGUACCCAACAUUAUAGAAAUCAAUCAACUUCACAUCAAAGAGAAGAAACCAUUACCUAAAGACCUUCAAGAAUUUUUGGAUGGGUCUCCUCAAGGUGCAAUAUAUUUUAGCUUAGGAAGUAACAUGAAAAGCGUUAAUUUAUCCUCUACUUUGAGAAAAGAAAUUACCACUGCUCUAGCUGAAUUGCCCUACAACGUCAUAUGGAAAUGGGAAGAUGACCAUUUAGCCGAUAAACCUGAUAAUGUGUUAAUAAAAAAGUGGCUCCCUCAACAGGACAUAUUAGGGCAUCCUAAUAUCAAAGCAUUCAUUACGCAAGGAGGUUUGCAGUCCAUCGAAGAGGCCAUUAUCAACGAAGUCCCAUUAGUUGGUAUACCAUUUUUCUCAGAUCAACCAUCAAAUAUGAGAAAAAUAGAGGAACAAGGCAUAGGUAGAAUGAUUGAUUACGCUUCGUUAACCAAGGAAAAGUUAAAGAGCGCUGUAAUAGAAGUAUCGCAAAAUAAAAAGUAUAAAGAAAAUAUCAAAAGAUGCAAAUCCAUACUGGUGGAUCAACCCACGAGAGGCGUUGACAAAGCUGUAUGGUGGAUUGAGUACGUUUUGAAACACAAGGGAGCGAGGCAUUUGCGAAGUCCAGCAGCAGAUAUGUCGUUUUUUGAAUAUUUAAUGUUAGAUGUGAUCAGUUUCCUGGUAAUGAUAAUUAUUAUAGCUAGCUACGGGUUUUAUAAACUAAUCAUGUCCGUUAAAAAAGCCCUAUCUGUCAGGAAAAUUAAAAAAAGUUGAUUGAAUUUAAUUUUUGUAUGUGUUUGAUUUGUGAAAUAAAAUUUUAGAAAGUUAAAUUAUUUUUUAGCUAUAUUAUGUGAUCCAAAACUGGCAUACUUACACCAGUAAACUAUGUUUUUUAUUUAGG